CGUAACAUUAGCCAAAGCAACCAACACGUUUCCAACACACAAACAAAAAAGCAUAACUUCAAAAGCUCUUAAAGACAUGGUGUGCUUUCAAGGAAUAAUCUUCUCUACAAAUACCUCUCAAAUACCCAAGAAACCUCAUCACAGUUCACAAUAACAACACUUUGUUAAUUUCUGAUAUUGAUCUCAAAACAAGAAACUAUGGACAACUACUACAGCAACACCUCCUACGGUGGUCAAGGGAAACAACACCGUCCCGGCCAGAACCAUUCAAAAGGCGAGCUUCUCUACUCUGCUAAGGUGUUAUCGGAUGCAGCACAGUCCGUUUACAACCAUGAGCCUGGCAAGAUGGACAAGGCCAAGGUAGCAACUGCCGCUUCCAAUGUUUUAGAUGCAGCUGGUGUUGAUGAUAGUAAGGGCUUUGGCAUGUACGUUGACAAAGCCGCUGUUUAUCUUAAUAAACACGACUCUUCCUAUGGAGGAAAAACUGGUCACUCUGGUGGUGGAUUCGGUGGAAGUGGUGGUUAUGGAAAUAAGGUUAAGGUUGCUGAACAUUCUGAGAGUGGUUAUGGACGUUAUGAUAGUGGUUAUAAUAGGAAUAAUACUGAGAGUGGAUAUGGAGGUGGACGUUAUGGUGCCAGUGUUGAUGCGGUGAAUUAUACUGUGAGUAGAUAUGGAGGAGGUGAAUGCUACGGUGAUAAUGGUUGUUAUGUGAACACUUACGAGAGUGGGUAUGGAGGUGGACGUUCUGAUGGUGGUUAUGGAAAUAAUAAUAAGAGUGGUUAUGGUGUUAGACGUUCUGGUUAUGGUGGUGGUGAUAACCGUUAUGAGAGUGGAUAUGGUGACGGAGUACGAUCAAGUGGUGGUUAUGAAGAACGAAACUAUUCUGGUGGAAGCUAUGGAUAUAGAGGGAACUCUGGUGGGGGAUAUGGGGAUGAACGUUCUGGAAGAGGGUACGGUAGGGAUGGUGGUGGUGAUAGUCGCUCCGGUGGUGGAUACGGGUAUGUUUAUUAGGUCAGAAUUAAAGAUGGAUUAAGGGUUUUGGUGAAACCAAUUUCAGUGAAUUAAACAAAGUUAAUUAUUAUCACUUAAAUAAGGGACAUAGUCCAUAAAUACUUCUAUAUAUUGCUAUAUUGCUGUGUUAUAAUGUGUGAAAAUACAACUUUGUGUGUAUGCUGUUGUUUCUAAGUUAUAAUUUAGCUUUAGUAUUUUGUGUUUGAGUAUGUAUUAAUUAAGGGUAAUAUUAUUCUUACACUA